AUGUUGAUAAACUAUUGAAAAUUGCUGAAAAAUAAUCAUAAAAUGGUGAAAGUGCUGUAUUUCGGUAGGGUUAGGGAAGAUCUCGGGAUUUCAGAAGAAAGCUAUGAAUUUAGUGGAAAUUUGAAUUUAUUACUAGAGUUAAUUAAAGAAAGGCAUCAGAAUAUGCAGAAUUUGAUUGAAGGGGUGCUUGGCUCCAAUAGUGACAUUGCAAUUGCUAAAAACUUGGAAUAUUUAACUACUCUUUCAAGUGAGAUUUCAAAUGAAGAUGAAAUUGCUUUUAUUCCUCCUAUUAGUGGUGGAUAA